AGGCAAAACAAGAUAUUGCUCUGAUAGAUGCGAGAAUGCAACCACAAAAACACAACUGAAAUAUGUUUAACACUAAUGCAUUAAUAUAUGGUGGAAUUUGAUUUUGCAUUUUGUUUUUAUUUUACAGUCACUGUGUACAUAUUUUGUUCUACCAAAGGUCUUGGCGUUUGCGCAGUGAAAUACUACCUAUUUUAGGAAUGCCCUCAACCUUCAGGUGAGGGAAUGUUGGUAACCAUGCGGUACAGGGACUGGCUCUCUGUAUCUAUUCUGUUAGUGCUUAUACAGUAUGGCUGUGCUGUUGACGAUAGAUACUGCGCGAAGUCCCUGGAAACUAUGAGAAUUGUGCAAAUGUGUCCUACCACCAAAGCGGAAAUGGAAGAAGCUGCUAAGAAUAAGAACUGUGUGUCGUAUGCAGGGAACGAAAACUGUACGGAUCCGGGGAAGUUCAAAUAUCACUGUGUGAUAAAUGUUUUCAGGAAUGAAACAAUAGAAGUUUGUGCGCCAGAACGAAAAAUUAACGGUUAUUGCACAGAAUUUAAUGUUGAUGGUGCCAGAAUACAAGAUCAUUACGGUGUUGAUUGCACCACCCUAUCACCGCCCUGCCCACAGCGAUACAAAUCAACUGAUGCCUACAUGUACCCAGUGUGUUAUAACCAGAGCAGGACAUCAAAUUCUACUUUUAACAGUCAAACGAUAUCCAACAAUUUCGAAUUAACAUCACAGAUGACUGUGAAGGGAGUUUCUCCAGAGACGGACAUGGAUGAAUUUCCGCCGUGGAUAAUCGUCUUGAUCGUCUUCAUCGUGAUCGCGAUCGCACUCGGUUUGAUUGCUACGUUUAUGAUUGUCAGAAGACGUAAAAGAAAGAAACAUAGAAAACGAAAGCAGGAACCUGUCACAGAAACAGGCACGACAUUGCGAAACGAGGAAUCUAGCCCGUUAGUUGUGGAUGAAUUUGAAGUAAAAACCAUCAGACUGCCAAUUCAAGAAGGAACAACGACAGAUAUGCAUUCAUUCAUAGUGGAAAAGUCAAGAGAAGAUUUAGCAGAGGAAAACAUUGAGACGACCAACAGAUAUCUCAACUGCUUCAAAACUUUUAACAAGUACUUUGUUGAAACUGAAAUGUAUAAAGCUGCUAAAACGUGUUUGGAUAGAAAUAGCGUCGUAAUCAUGACGGGUCCACCGGGAUCUGGGAAAACCAUUGCCGCCAUACAUUUGUUAUUUGAAGCUAGGGAAAACAAGCAGGUUUUGCACAAAAUAAGAUCUUGGGAAGAUUUCGUUUUGGUUAAUCCAAAGAAAAAGACGACGGUCUUUAUCGAUAACAUAUUCAACGAAACCGAUAACUAUGACCUAGAAAAUUGGUGGAAUAAAUUAGAUGAAAUAUUUGAUGAGUUCAUAAAGAAUGAAACAGAGGGUUCUGAUAGAGUAUCUUCGAAAAAGUUGCAUCUUAUAAUUACUGCAAGAGAAAACGUUAUAGAAAAUGCUUGUACAUUUAUGAAAAGAGUUACACCUGUAUUCAAUGGGGAUUUUGUCAAACAUUCAAAAGACUUACCCCUUACCAAUAAAGAAAAAGAUGAUAUAUUUGGAAAACAAAUUGAAUUUGCGAUGAAAGAGAAACACAUGGCAGCACCAUCUGGCGAUACCGAGAAAUUCAGGGAAGACAUGAAAGCAGCAGAAGGGCCUAUAGGAUUUCCACUUUGUGCCCAUUUAUAUGCUUGUAAAGAAGAUUACAGGCAGCGAGGAGCAAAAUUCUUUUCUCGUCCCAUCGAAUUCCUGAAGAUUCAGAUAAAAGAGGAAGUUCGUCAUGACGACACACCAAAAACCAAAACUUUAUUUUUAGUUGUUUUCCUGUUGGAAUGGCAUCUACAAACGCAAGAUCAAGAUGCAAAACUCAAUGUAGGGAGUGAGGUUGCGUGCAGAGGAUUUCUAAAUGCAAUAUCAACAGAUUUGCUGCAACGAUUCAACCCCCUGGAUUUCAAGGAUCUAACCCGUUGUGCACAAAAGCACAAAGGUGCGUUUUUUAUGGAUGUUGGCGGGGGAGGAUUUAGAUACGUACACGACAGUGUUUUCGAGGCCGUAGGAACAUACCUCUGUGAUAUGUUUUUCGAAGAAGCGGUCCGCUUCUUUCCGUUCGAUAUAAUUCAAACUCAGGAGUAUAGUUCGUUAGACAGACAGCAAACCCAAACGCUUGCCAUACGGUUCUUGUACGAAGCUCUGAAUCGAAGACUUUCGAAAGUCUUUGGUUGUAAAGUGUUUAGGAGAAAGGCUUUUGUAGAUUGCUUUUGUGAAGAGCUAGCGAGGAAGAGCGUUAAAGAUAUAACGAACUUUUUCUCCCUACAAAAUGACAGUUCCAGCGUCAAACUGCCAACUUUAUUUUGGGCUAGUCUUAACAAUCAUGAUUAUUUAACAGACAGAUUGUGUGAUGUCAUCCAAAAGCACGAAGAGAUCAAUACUGAUUACCAGUUCUAUCUGUCAAUGUAUGGAAAAUGUUGUUCCAAAAAUGAGACCUUAGUCACAAGACUAAAUGGUAUGCUCGUCAACAAUAUGGACGAAAUAAAGAAGCGAGUGCUCAGCUUUGAAGAUGAUGACCACAAUACUAUUUUACAUCUUCUAAUCAUGUCGGACAGAUCAGACCGCCAUGUAGCAGAUGCAGUGGUGAAAUUGGAAAACGCAAAUGUUAAUGUCCGCAACGAUUCAAACAUGACGCCAUUAAUGUUAGCUGCCCGGCACAAAUCCGUUAGAACAACAGUUAUCCAUAGGCUCGUUGAUAUUAAAGCAGCAGUGAAAUACAAGGACACCCAUGGAUCAAACGUUUUUCAUCAUUGCUUAAAAUCAGACAACAACGAUGAAAUAUGUGCGCGAAAAUUGGGAAUUCUUUUAAGUGGUAACAGGGGUAAAAACAUAUUAAAUACCGACGAUAAUGAUGGAGAAUCAGCCUUAAACAUCGCCGCGAAGCAGCAAAAAUACAGCCGAAUAUUAAGUAUAUUAAUGCUUCUCGAAUGCAAAGAUAUCAAUACGUCAACUCUAAAUUUGGACGGUUACUCUCCCAUUCAUAAUGUUGUGAAGCAAUUAAAAGGAAACUCCCCACUUGUUGAAUUGGAGUGCUGUGCAAGAGUGAUUAUUCUAACUUUGUACGGAGUUGAUCCGAAGAAGGUUGCAGACGACCAAACGGGUGCAAUGGAUAUAUGCUGUACGGAAUAUAUGAAUGUUAGGAAAGUUUUAAAAAAUCCAGAUAGCAAAGAAAUCAUGGAAUCAGCCCUCGAUGACUUGCUCCAAAACGUCGUUAAAAAAGAAAAGGACGCUGCGACAGUGGAAUUACCGAAUCUUUCAGACACCUUACCAGAAGGUAUUAAGGAACGUAUUAAAAAGGCAGUUCAGCUUUUGGCAACUGUUGAAUUCAAGUUGCCGAGGUAAACACACCAUUGAUUUUAAUUAAAAACAACUACUUGGUCAAAUCAGCUAACUGGAUUACUCUACUAUUGUAUUGUAUGUGUAUUGCAGAGCAUUGUCAUUCUGAUUAAUCAAAUGAAUUUUGUUGUAAUGUUAUUGCUUCUUUGUAACACUGAUAGCAUACGGUUUGAGUUAUUAUUUUGAAAAUAAAAUUAGGUUAUUGAAA